AAAGACGAUAACUUCCUAUAAAUAUCAAACUCCGCAGAUAUUCAACAGCAAUCUUGAUCUCCUUCCGCGUUCACUAUGUUUCCAUGACCGAGCAAGUGACGCAUGUAAACACAAACCCAACCACUUUCACAGAGAACAUCGUCCCGGGCCAGGCUCGGUGUGUAGACACAAGUACCCGGGGAUAACACGGGACCAGAUGUGUGUCCUGAGCUUAUGAAGUUGGCCCGAAUCCAGGCUCCCCAGGAGCCGGCCUCUGGAAGGAGACCAGUCCGGGAGCGAAGCGGCACCGGGCCCUACAGCAUGUCAGUGUUCAUCAUUUUCUUCUGGUGUCUCUCGGCCACCGCUGGUGAACACUCUACUGCUAUCACUACAUCCAGCGACCAAUCAGAGCUCCUUUGUCAUGACUGGGGGAUGAGCGUGGAUGCGGUGCGUGUUAUAAACGGAGAAGCUGGUUGGCUGUUCUGUCCCCUUUUCUCCCACUCACUCUACAACUACAGCUCCGCCCACAGCAGUGGUCUCUCCCUCUUCUGGUACCACCUCCCCCCUGAGCAGGACCUGGAACGUCCAAUCAAAUACAGCCAGAGGGUGAGUAAGGAUAGAGAAAGUCUGUGGUUUCAACCAGCCAACGAAAACGACACCGGACAGUACAUCUGCACGUUACGGAACAGGACAUCCUGCACAAAGAUAGCCAUGUCCCUAGGGGUGGUGUCGAGUGGGACUGACUGUCCGCAUCUGGUUGCCAUGGUGCCACUUACGGUGCCAAUACCGGUCCAGGAGGGGAAGACACUGAGUUGCCCGGGCCUCGAGCACGCCGCCAAGAUGGCCGACAGUGCCCCCUCCGUCACCUGGUACCAUAACUGCACCAAGUACCCGUUCUGGGACCACCAUCGCGAGGUGAAGGGGGACAAACUGUUUGUGCACCAGAUGGGGCUGAUGUACGAGGGCCUGUACUACUGCCGGGUUAGCUACACCCGCAAAAGCCUCCCACUCAAGUUCACCAGGUCCCUCAACGUCACCGCUGUCUCCCCCAGUUUUACUUCCAAGGUGCCGGUCAUUCUGAUCCCAAACAAAGAACGCAAGUUCCACGUCAGACUGGGGCGGGAGGCCAAGCUGGUGUGCCGGGUGACCUUCCCCUUCCUGGAGAACAGUCCCCAGGCCAUCUGGUGGACCGUGGACGGGAAAACCCUGGACUCGCUGACCCACACCCGCUUCUCCGAGACCAACCGUCGGGUAGAGGAGGUGACCUAUGGGGAUCAGACGGUGGUGAGAGAGCUGCUGUUGACGGAGUUGCAGAGAGAGGACCUGAUGACAGAGUUCAACUGCUCUGUCAAGAACAACAAGGGGUUCUCCACCAAGAGAGCCCAGCUCCAAGAGGAGGCCUACUCCCCCUCGGUAGAGCUGGGUUGUGGUCUGGGGGGCACUCUGCUGCUGAUGCUGGUCCUCUUCCUGGUCUACCACGUGUUCUGGCUGGAACUCCUGCUGCUCUACCGUUCCUGGUUUGGAACAGACGAGCGCUACACAGAUGAGAAGGAGUUUGACGUGUACAUCUCGUAUGUGCGUGACGGCGAGGAGGAGCAGUUUGCUGUGAGCACGCUGCGCCACGUCCUGGAGAAUCACCUGGGCUACUCGGUCUGCAUCUUCGACCGCGACAGCCUUCCAGGCGGGACCAUCACCGAUGAGACGCUGAGCUUUGUGGGUCGCAGUCGUCGCCUGCUGGUGGUGCUGAGCCCGGGCUUCGCCUCGCGGGGGACCCAGGCCCUGCUGGAGCUCAAGGCCGGACUCGACCACAUGGCGCUGGGGGGACACCUGCGGGUCAUCCUGGUGCAGUACCGGCCCCUGAAGGGGCAGGCCUGGGUGGGGGAGCUGCGGCGUGCUCGGGGGGUGCUGGCCGUGCUACGCUGGAAGGGGGACAAGUCCAAGGAGCUCACCUCCCGCUUCUGGAAGCGUCUGCGUCUGGAGCUACCCCUGCAGAGGAGAAAGGACUCUGAGCUGGGGACUGUCAGGACCUAUCAGAGCCAGAGUAGCACCAGCUCCCAGACCGGUCUGCUCAGCCCCGGGGGGCUGGCUGUCCACAAGGCUCAGUACAGUGGAGGGAAGCUGUAGCCCCCCCCCCCCUCACCAUGACGUCAUGACGUUCACCUCCCCUCACAGCUGGAGCCCCCUCACCAUGACGUCAACACGUUCACCUCCCCUCACAGCUGGAGCCCCCUCACCAUGACGUCAACACGUUCACCUCCCCUCACAGCUGGAGCCCCCCCACCAUGACGUCAACACGUUCACCUCCCCUCACAGCUGGAGCACCCUCACCAUGACGUCAACACGUUCACCUCCCCUCACAGCUGGAGCCCCCUCACCAUGACGUCAACACGUUCACCUCCCCUCACAGCUGGAGCCCCCCCCACCAUGACGUCAACACGUUCACCUCCCCUCACAGCUGGAGCACCCCCACCAUGACAUCAUCACAUUCAACUUGUCCUGUGCCAUCAAACCUCCUGUUGUAUAUAUUUUAUAUAGAUUGAGUAUUGAGAUGAGUUUCGAGAUGAGUAUUGAGAUGAGUAUUGAGCCGAGUAUUGAGCUGAGUAAUAAGCUUAGAGUGUUCUAGUACUAAACACAUCAUGCACCAAACGACAUUUACAUCCACUUGAAUAGUGGACUCCAUCAAUGAUGGUGCGAUGACUUCCGUUUAAUGUAAAUGUAUUUUUAUGGAGUUAACGUAGAAGAAUAUGUCUUCUCUGUGAGCCAAGCCGUUAUAUGUUUUUAUCCAGCAAUUCUUGAAAUAUAUUUUUUAUACAACAAGCAUGUUUUAAACUGAAGGUGGGAAACACAUUCACCUCUUCUAGAGUGAGGCGCUCUUUGACACAUGUGGUAUGAUGGCAGGGGAGUUACCCCAGGGUUGGUUCAUUCAGUACCGGUACCCAGUACUGCUUCGAAGCUAGUAGCGGUACCCAGUACCAAUUAUCUAGUACUGGAUGGCCAAACCAGAGAGACCCCAGAGGUAAAUGAACAAAACCCACUGCUGCUAUCUGAGGUUUUUGUCUUGAAGCAUGCAUAAUUUAUUCGAAAGGCUCCGGCUAAGAGAAUUGUGUAGUAUUAUCAUGCUAUUUUUGAAUAUAUGUUUGCUUCAAAUUAUAUUUUUUGAUGUAAUUUACGUUGUCCAUUCUUCCAAAUACAUCUUAUUUUGCUAUA